AAUGAAUCACUUACCAAAGCCUUUCCAUAAGCCCUAGCAAUCUCCCCUAUAAUCUCUGAUACAUUCUUCGAAAAUUCGUUACAAUGUCAAUGCAUAACUUUGCGACAGGUGUGGAUAUCAAUUGAAAUAAAUUUCAUGGUUAACAUUAGGUGAAAUUAAUUUUUUCGCUGUUAGCAAUUUCAACGCGGUUCUCGUUACGGUUAUAUAGGCAUCGGGGGUGACCAAACUUCAAUAAAAGUGAAUCAAUGAGGAUUUAUCACAAAUUCCGAAAAAAUUGAGCUUUAAAGCCUUUAAGGAGACACAUGAAUGGAUGGUAGUGAUUUGGAUUCUGCGGACGAAUACACGAGUCUCAUGGACGCCCAUGUUGCAGAAAGUCGGACCGACAAUACCGGUCUAGUGAUUGAACGAAAGAAACGUAAAUUGAGGACACCUGGUAAUGAAGAGGUGGACGCCCUCCCAGAGGUACGAAUAGAAAAUCCAGGUUCAUCUGCGUUCUUCUCGAGCUCGAGAACUUCAGGUAACGCUCCAUCCUCGGUACCUGAUCCAGGGGAUUAUCAACAAGAAGAUGAAGAAGAGGAACUCAAAUAUGGAGCUGCACACGUAAUAAAACUCUUUGUACCAGUUUCGCUCUGCAUGUUAGUGGUGGUCGCCACUAUCAGCUCCAUCACUUUCUACACGACCAAAGAUGUAUAUCUAGUAUACACACCUUUUCACGAUGAUACUGAGGACACAACUACGAAAGCCUGGCAGGCACUUGCCAACUCACUGAUCCUUCUGUGUGUUAUUGUUUGCAUGACCGUUAUCCUUAUUAUUCUGUAUAAAUACAGAUUCUAUAAAGUUAUCCAUGGAUGGCUGAUUAUAAGUUCCCUCAUGUUACUCUUCAUGUUUACAACUCUUUAUUGUGAAGAGAUACUCAAAGCUUACAAUAUUCCAAUGGACUUGAUCACACUGAUAAUUGUCUUAUGGAAUUUCGGUGCGGUUGGGAUGAUCUGCAUUCACUGGCAAGGACCUCUAGCCCUUCAGCAAGCUUAUUUGAUAUUCAUCGCUGCUCUGAUGGCUCUUGUGUUUAUCAAAUAUUUACCUGAAUGGACUGCUUGGGUCGUGCUUGCGGUUAUUAGUUUCUGGGACUUAAUUGCUGUGUUGACACCCAAGGGGCCCCUUAGGAUUCUUGUAGAGACUGCUCAGGAGCGAAACGAACCCAUAUUCCCGGCCCUCAUUUACUCAUCAACCAUUUUAUACAGUUUUACUGUUACUUAUGCUGGCUAUAUUGGAACUGCAACCAUGGCAAGGGCUGACACUGUUGAGGAAGAAGGUAUCGCUUCGCCUGCACGUGCUCAGUUGCAGAGUCAAAAUGCUGGUGAAGACGGGGAGGAGAGCGGAUUUACCUCCGGGUGGAUUGAUAACCAUGGAGAGAGAGGAACAAGGAGAGCGCAGUUGGUUCGUGAUACGGUAAAUACACCCAGGACACAGCAACCCGCCAACCGUAAUCAAUUUCAAGGAUCAGUUGCUGAUGAAGAACGUGGAAUCAAACUUGGACUUGGAGAUUUCAUAUUCUACAGUGUUCUUGUAGGAAAAGCGUCGAGCUAUGGAGAUUGGAACACAACUCUCGCUUGUUUUGUAGCCAUUUUAAUUGGUCUGUGCCUCACUCUCCUCCUCCUUGCGAUUUUUAAAAAAGCACUUCCAGCGUUACCCAUUUCCAUCACAUUCGGUUUGAUAUUUUACUUUGCAACCCGUGUAAUUGUGGCUCCAUUCGCCGACAGUUUAGCGAGUGAACAAGUAUUUAUUUAAUUCUAGGUUUUUACAAAAUCGAAAGACUUGUGGAUAAUUUAUUUUUGAUCGCAUUCAAUUAAUCAUAACUCAUCAUUCCCUCUCAGUGGGGCCCAUUGUAUUCGCUCAUUUGGAUGCUUGGCAGUACUUUUGAAUAAACUACGAAAAUAUGUUAUUAAGUUACAUAUAUAAUGUAUCACAUAAUAAUCGCAAGUGUAAAAUAUAAUUGGGCUGAAAAGCAUGUGUCGGUGCUAUAAUUCUUGGUGCAUUAAAUGAUCGGUUUAAGUUUC